AUGUCGCCUGCACCAACCCUACCGGAAAGUCUCAAUUUAGAGCAUCAUGUAUCAAAACGAGUUCGCACGAUUCAACCUAGCACCAUGAAGGCGCUGGGAGCGCUUGUAGGUAGCAGAAAGGUACUGACUUUGGCCGGAGGGACACCGCAUUCAUCACUAUUUCCCAUGUCCCAUGCAACUUUUACACUUCCCAGAUUGUCUACUCUCAAUGGAGAAGUGAGCGACUGGCAGGAAGGGCAAGCAGUAACUGAGCUGGCACAUCUGAAGAAAACUGGUCCAGGAACAGAGAAAGAUGAAGGAGGCAUUCUUGAUUUGAGGGAUAUCCUUCAAUACGGUUUGAGCAACGGCUAUCCCGAACUGGUACAUCAACUGGAAGAGCUAAACACCCUUCUCCAUGGAAAGACGAUCUCUGAUUCGAGCAUCUACAUAAGCUUAGGAAACACCGAUGGUGUUUCCAAGGUCUUCCAACUUCUCGUCGAGCCAGACGUUGAUACGGUUUUGACCGAGGAAUACUCUUUCGCAUCGUCCCUCAAUUCAGCUAGAGCCAAGGGUGCUAAAUUACAUCCUGUCAAGGUUGAUGGUGACGGGUUGAUACCCGAAGAUCUGGAACAAACGCUGAGUACUUGGGAUGUUCAAACACAAGGGCGUAAACCCCAUCUUCUAUAUACUAUACCUUGUGGACAGGAGCAUGACGUAAUCAUCAUGGAGGACGACCCUUACUUCCCCCUUCAAUUUGCCGCGUAUGAGGCGGACAUUGCAAGGCGUGAAGCGGAUUUAACCAAUACCAAAUCGCGACUUCCCCGAGCACCAGAAAAUGCACAAGAUGAUGAUCCGCAAGUUGUUGCCAGAAUUUUCAACGAAUAUGCCGGGGUCAAAUCUUUCCUAUCUCGGGAUGUUGACGGUCGUGUGGUUCGAAUAGAUACCUUUAGUAAGGUAUUUGGUCCGGGAGUUCGAUUAGGAUGGGUCACUGCGAAUUCACAAUUCGUCGAGAGGCUUCUCCGUAUAGGGGAAACGACGACCCAAGUCCCGAACGGUCUCAGUCAAGCAGUACUCGCAUCUUACCUCUCCGACAAACAUUGGGGAAUUGGCGGUUUCAUUCGGUGGAUGUGGGGAGUGAGACUCGAGUAUCAAAAGAAGCGAGAUUAUUUCCUGGAUAAACUCGCCAUUCACGUCUCAUCUGAACUAGUAUCGACCGUCCCUUGCGGUGCAGGAAUGUUUCAAUGGCUUCGAGUCGACCUGUCUUCUCAUCCCCGUUACAAUCGAAGGCUCAUUGGCAGUUCUGCCGAAACAGCAGCUAGUUUGGCGUUAGAUACCGCUGGUCAAGAACCAGUCAUUCCACCUGGAUUGGCUGUGAAAACCAGUAAUACUUCUGCGGUAUAUUCAUCAAAUACUGGUGAGCUAAUGGACGAGCUCUGGACCCAUUUGUUAGAACAAGGCAACGUCGUGUUGUUACCCGCCAAAGCGUUCCUUGUAGAAAAGGAUGGUGUCGAUUCAUCGGAUCGUCUCAACUACUUCCGAGCGACUUUUGCGGGGGAUUUGGAGAAUAUCGACGCUGCUUUGGCAGCCUUCGGUUCGUCAAUCAAGGUAUGGUUUGAGCGAGGUUGA